GGCAUCAUUCCGCAUUCAGACAUGCCCUUUCUAACUAUUCUUCUCCAAGACAAUGUUGGUGGCCUCCAAGUUCUUCAUCAGAAUCAGUGGGUCCAUUUGAAACCUUUGCAAGGAUCUCUUAUAGCCAACAUUGGAGAUCUUAUGCAGCUUAUUACCAAUGACAAGUUCAAGAGCGUGGAACAUAGAGUACUAGCUGCAUCUGUCAAACCGAGAGUAUCAGUGGCUUGUUUCUUCUAUCAAAGCACUCGAAGUAUAUCCAGGCCAAUUGGACCAAUAGAGGAGCUUCAGGGUCCUCCACUGUACAAGAAAGUCCUUUUCACAGAUUAUGUUGUCCGUUAUAGGUCCGACAGAAAAAAUUGUCUUGGUACUCUAGCUCAUUUCAAGCUGUGA